AUGGGACCAUUCCCAUCUUCUAAUGGGCACCAGUAUAUUUUAGUGGCUGUGGAAUAUGUUUCAAAAUGGGUCGAGGCCAUUGCAGCACCAACUAAUCAAGGAUCAGUGGUCCUGAAGUUCCUCCAGAGGGUUAUAUUUCCACGUUUUGGAAUACCGCGUGUUAUUCUUAGUGAUGGGGGGAAGCAUUUUAUUAAUAAACCAUUUGCUAACCUACUGGCAAAAUACGGGAUUAAUCAUCGCGUGGCUACACCAUACCACCCACAGACAUCUGGUCAAGUUGAAGUUUCAAACAGAGAAAUAAAGCGUAUUUUGGAGAAACAGACAGCUUAUAAAACUCCUAUUGGGAUGUCACCAUUCCGACUUGUUUAUGGGAAAGCCUGUCAUCUACCUAUGGAGCUGGAGCAUAAAGCUUACUGGGCCAUUAAAGAGUUAAAUUUUGCAUAUGACUCAGCUGGGGAAAAGCGGAAAUUGCAGUUAAAUGAGCUAGAGGAAAUUCGUCAAGGUGCUUAUGAUAGUUCUCGCAUCUACAAGGAAAGAACUAAGGCAUUUCAUGACAGUCAAAUUUUACGAAAGGAAUUUCAGCCAGGGCAAAAGGUUCUGUUAUUUAGUUCAAGGCUCAAGUUGUUUCCAGGGAAAUUAAAAUCUCGCUGGACUGGACCCUACCUAGUGACUCAAGUUUUUCCUCAUGGAGCAGUUCAAAUCACUAAUGAAGAUAAAGGCAACACGUUCAAGGUGAAUGGUCAUAGGCUGAAACCCUACGUGGAGACACCCUUUGACAUUGCAGCCGAGUCUUUGACUCUGAAGGAACCAGUGAUUUGA